GACCCUGAAUAACCAAUCAUGAAACCCGUCGUCCCCUCCUUUCAUGGCCGCCAUCAUGAAUCGCUAUUGAAUACAGUUUGUAUCAGUGGAUUUACGUAAAAGAAGAGAUUUUCAAGCGACAAGUUCUUGCCAUAAUAGCGCUUGUACCGGAAUCGAUAUGUAUCCAGAUUAUGCCUCGAGAAAUUUUCUAUCAUCUUCUGGUGGAGUGAAGUCUUAAUGUGCGUUUCCAUGUGUACUUCCGUCUGACGAAUUUUGGCCGACAAUCGGGCCUGUGUUUGUGCUUUGGGACGUAACGUCGCCGCUGACGCUGGUUGUAUGUGCAUUGUGAUUGAACGUGUACGUUAUAAUUGUGCCCGUGCUUGAAUAGCGGAUCUGACAGUGUUGUCAUGCACACACACACAUUUCGAAUGAGGUUGACACAUCGCGCCGUUUGUUGAACGUUUGUAGUGAAUUCAAAUUUGGAUGCAGCAUAGUGUGUGAAAUGCAUAACUGCAUCUUGACAACGAAAGAACAAAAUUUGUACAUGACUUCUCUUGUUAGGGUCCUGAGGACAAAGCACUUGCCAUGUGUGCAACGUGCAGCGUCGUCCCUUGGACAACAGCUGCCCAGCAUCCCCGACGACGACAACGAUUCAACCUCAUGUUAACUACUGCGUAAUGAGUAACAUACUAGUAUAUGACGGAGCACUGACAGACAAGAACUAUGCUGCCAUGGCUGCAGGUUCUGAUCCCGAACCAGUAGAACAACCCGUGGCAACAGGAGAUGUCACAAGCCACCCUGCACAUACGGCUCAUACAACCACCCAUUAUAUCGGUCUGCCUUAUCAGGAUCAUAAUUAUGGAGCGCCCCCUCCUCCCACCCCACCAGAGUCGCCCUCUCCGGUCCCUUUAGUCUCCCCAGUACCAACCAAAGUCAAUGGGAUAUUUGAUGAUCCUUUGAAUCUCGAAGUGAAGUUGACAGUGAGUCCCCCUGAGCAGGUAGAAAGCAAGGACGAAGGGGUAACGAGAUGCAUUUGCAACUUUGAGCAUGACGAUGGCUACAUGAUCUGCUGUGACCAUUGCUGUGUUUGGCAGCAUGUGGACUGCAUGGGCCUGGAGAGGGACAACAUCCCAGAGACGUUCUAUUGUGAGAAGUGCCAGCCACGUGAGGUGGACAGGCAGCGAGCCGUUGCACUCCAGAGCAAGAAACGUGCAGUCAUGUCGGACGACUCGUCAAGUGAAAGUGGGGAUGAAGUUCCAAACAUGUCAGUGGGCUCUGCAGCGACAUACACGGCGAUAUCCAACUCCCCCACAAGCCUGACACUGACCACGCACAACAAACACAAAAAGAUGAAGAAAAAGAAGAAGAAAAGAUGCAAGGAGAAGGAAGAGGACAAACAUCAUAAAAAGAGAAAGAAGCAUCACAGCAAAAAGUGCAACAAGUCUGACAUGUCUGAGGAUAUCACCGCUCCAAUGGAACUUGACAUCAUGGACGAGGAGGCCCUGCCAGCGUGGAAUGAUUCAGAGGCAACACAUGACCGGUACGAGGAAGCAGUCUGCAACCAGUAUAGCGCAGAUAUUCAACACAUCAUUUCAUCCCAGGCGAAAGGCCCUAAACCAGACCCGUCACCGUUUAUCAUCACUGGCCUACCUCUGCCAUCCGAUCCUUUGGUGAACCUGAGUAGAUUUGGGAGGAGUGCAUCCAGUGUAGGGAUCGCUGCAUCAGAGAACCUGCGAAGCAACGACUGCAUCGUUGAGUACUGGGGCAAGGUGAUGCUGAAGGAGCAGUUGGAGGGAGACAAGACAUUCUUCAAGCGGCAUUACCCGUUUGUGUUGUUUUACUCCAAAUUCAACAACGUGGAUAUCUGUGUGGAUGCACGGAACUACGGAAACGUGGCGCGUUUUGUGAGGAGAUCCUGUUCUCCCAACGCUGAGGUGCGGCACUACGUUGAGAACAAUGUGCUCCAUUUCUGUUUGUUUGCCCUGCUCGGUAUUCCAAAGAAGACGGAGGUUACUAUUGGGUUUGACUUCAGUUACAUGGAUUGUUCCUACCCAGUGCACUGUGCGUGUUCUAAGAAAAACUGCAUAGUGAAGCGUCACUUCAGGAAGCAGAACAGCCAGGUCACGCCGGCCAAGACGCCCCUCAUCAACCAUCUACAGGACAGCUCCUCACUGUCUGUCAGCUCAAACCUCAGCAAGAAGAGAACGGUGUCUCCUCUAAGGGUCUCGCUCUCUGCUCAUAAUGCACAGAAUCAAGCCCAGCCUCUGCCAACCACCAACGGUGAUGAGUCCUCGCACCUCACCCCAAGCAACCCAGAAACCUCCCCAGCCCGUCCCACAAACAGCGACACCUCCGCAGAGGUUGAAACAGAAGGAUCGGAAGAGAACCGCGCCGAGACCAAGCUGGCUCCGGAAGCCGCCAAGAAAAUGACUCGUGAAGAGCGCAAGAUGGAAGCCAUCCUUCAAGCCUUCGCUCGGAUGGAGAAGACAGAGAAGCGACGGAAGGAAGCUCUGGAGAGGACAGCAGGCAACAAGGCAGCCGUAGUACCAGUUAUGGCUACCAGCAUGCCUACUACAGAGGCUAACUCUGGAACAAAAACCCCUACAAACCAAUCAGAAGAGAAACAGGUGGAAAAGGAAGAUGCAGGCUUUAUGGAAGAAGAUUCCGUGGGAAAAGCAGACUGCCUUCCCAGUGCAACCCCAGAUGAAGUAGCAUCAGUGGAGGUGAUAGCCUUGGAUUCAGCCGCUACUCCCACUGAAGCAUGUACUACAUCUGCGGUGAACACAUCCUCUGUUAAUACCAUGCCUGCUGUCACCACAAGAACAAAAGGGUUCAAAGGCCGCAAAAGGAAAGGAGCAAGACGCCGCAGCCGUGUCAACAGCGGGGCAUCCACCGUCUCGGUGGACUUCUCAUCCCACGAUGAGGAGUCCAAUCCCCCCACGUGUCCCCUGUCUACUAGCCUUCCUGCGGUCUCAUUGUCAUCCAAUCCCGCCCCCUUGCUCAUCCAGACGGUAUUCAGUCCCAGUCAAGGCACCGAUCAGCAAGGGAUGGCAUCACCGGUCCCAGCCUGCAGCAAACAUUUCAAGUUUCCAAAGACCAAAAAGUUCUUCAUGAAUGAGUGGUUGAAUGAGAAGGCGCAGGAAGCCUCUGCCACCAAGCCUCUGACCAUCAAGACAGAGCCAGCCGACAUCAUCUCCCCCAGCCACUCCUCACCGGGCUCUGUCUUGCACCUCAACACCAGCAGAGAGCCCAGGGGAAAUCUGGAAGCCAGCUUUGGCUCAGCCAAAAAGAGAUGGCUUCGGCAGGCCAUGAGUGAGAGUAACGGACCAGGGCCCAAGACCCAGACCAGCAGUAGUAAUAACAGCGGUUCCGAGUCACCCCUGUGUAAUGGCACGCUGAGCCCCAACCCUGCCAGCUAUCCAGUCAGUCCUGCUCUCUCACCCAACACCAGCGCCUCAAACGACAUGAUGACGCCACUGAAGAAGCGCAUGCUGCGUCAUUCUAUCGCCGAGGAUCGACUGACCACAACCCCACCCCCUGCUGCGGCCCAGAUAGAAGACAAGCUCCACCCUCACAGGACUUCCACGGCAGAGGAGGACGCGCCUGCAGCUACCACUGGCAAUGGUCCUGAACCUAGCACAGUGGACACGCCACGCAAACCAGAAAGUGGUGUCGGUAGUUUACCGGGAUUGAUAGGACCCUCUGCCCAAGGACAAACUGAGCCUCUUGUGUCACCUGAGUGCGCUUUCGACAUCAGGAGACGCUCGUUAGCCUUUCCAUUUCCUCUGCCCGCCAGGAAGGACUUCCGCAAAAGUUCCUCUGUUGACAGUGGCUUGUCAGUGACCACACCGGCUGACUUUGAUCGGUCUCCCAUCUCCCUAUUGCCCGGGGAGCAGCACGAAGCCAGCACAGCUCCCGUUAAGGAUGAAGGUACACCCGUCAAAGAUGAACUGCAUAUGCGUCAAACCAUGAGUGAAAACUCUGGAGAGUUGGACUCCCAAAGGCAAAUUGAUGCAGCAGUCCUGGUAGGUGUGCCCCAGGAGAGGAGGGAAGACUCUGAUAGGUCUGGAUUAAAUGACCCGAAAACUGACGCAAGUAGAGUUUCAUCAGUGAGCGAGAAAGCAGUACCCGGUGGAUUUCAAGGUGCUGAUGGUCAUUCUGGAUCCAGUGAGGAGAUUGCGACAGCAGCCAGUAGGGAUGCGCCUUUACGCUUGGACUUCUCCCUGUCUGCCUCCCAGGGGUCCCUGGCUUCAAGUUUGCAGAGCACCCAAAGCUCGCUGCCCGACCUGCACAAAUCCUGCAUGAGCUUGCCAGAUCUUGGCCGAUCACGGACCUCAUUGCCGGACCUGUCGCACUCUGCGUCUUCUGCGGAGUUACAGCUAAGCUCAGUGGCAAGAAAACUUGACAUGAAGUCGGAUUUGUACAGUACUCAGAGGAUAUCCGGGGAGACUGUGAAUCAGACCCAGAUGCAUGUAAGUGGGGAUGUACCGACACAAAGGAUCAGACACCUGUCGGGGUGCAAUGUAAACAGUGGAACCUCAGCAGAUCAGACUGAGGGUCAGUUACCUCAGAGGCCAAACUUUGCUGAGGAUCAGGUGCCAGGAAAUUUGUAUUCUUCCUUUGGAUCCCCCUUAAAGAGGCCUUUGCUUGGCCAGUCACCAGAAAGAAGCAGUAAUGUCGAUCGUAUGCAACCUACAGCCUCUGAGUAUAAUCCUAACCUGAACUCGGUAGUGCCACCAAUGAAUGUUGACGCAGGCAGUGCACCAUUGGACCAGAUGGAGAGGAGGGAAGGCUCUCAGACUUACUUACAGCCCCUCGACGGUCCGAAUGCAGCUGAUUCAGAGUCUCCUGUCACUGACCUACCAAUGAGAGGAUCCACCUGGAGUCAGUUACCCAAUUCAGGACAACAAACUGGUCCUGGAAGACCGCCUUCUGGACCAGCUCCCCUACCUACAGGGGUGGAAAGCCGAAAACCUGAAAACUAUGACGAGCCGCGACCAGGAUACAGACCAGCUUCCUUAGGACCCAAUGAUGUCCGUAGAGGCCCACUCGGGGAAUCAGGACAGAUGGGUCCUGGUAGGCCCUUAGCUCCUGGACAGGCAGCACCAUUUGGGGUUCCUCCAUCUCCGGUCAAGCCACCACUGGCGCAGGGUGUGGUGAGGCCUGGCGGUAUACCACUUGGUCCAAGUACACCACCCGCUGGUCUGGUUUCACCAGUACCAGGAACACCCCCAGCUGCAAAGAAGAGGGUGUCGUUAUUGGAAUACCGGAAACGUAAGGGCAGCGAUUUGGGCAAUAGCAAAACUGCCAAGAAGGAGUCUCCAGCAAGCGCCCCGUGUACUCCAGUUGCCCCCAAACCUCCCCUGGUGCCACUCAAGCCCCCUCUGCCGAGCCCCAUCUCCACCUCCAACCCUAACACCCCGACCAAACCACUGGAGAGCCCACUCAAGGCCGGCGGUAGCGACGCCUCAACCCCAACCGCCCAGUUGCCUAAUCUGCCCUUGUUCACCACGGAGAAAGAGAACGGGAUUGGGGAGCGUCUGAGUCUUACCACGGAGGCCCAGCAGGUGAUCUCAUCGCUGACCAGCCUCUUAAAGAAGCACAAGAAGCCUGAGGAGGAAUCAGCACAAGAACCCAAAUGGAGUUCCAGCAGGCUGGACACUUCAGACGAAGACCCCCUGCAGAAGAUGAGGAAAGAGCUGAAGGAGAAGAAUCGAGAGAGAGAACGCAAGGAGGCACUGGCCCACAAGAGGCCUCGCUCCCCUGACCCGCCUCCCCCUCCUCCAAGUAAGAGACCUAACCCAGGAUUGCGCCUGCAGAUACCUCCACCGCCACCUCCCAAGACCAAGACGGAUACUCGGUCUGGUGAUAUAUCAGGAGAAUCCACCCCUGUGAAAAUGCCUAACCCAGCAGCAAAUACCACACCUGUGAGAACUCCAGGCUCAGCAGGAAUUUACCCACAGCAGCUUGGAAAAGCUUUCAAUGCUCAAGCAGCGUCUCCUUACCUCCCUGCUGGUGUGAACGCACCUUUCCAGCAGCCAUACCAAGCACAGCAAUAUCCGCAGCAGCAACAACAGCAACAGCAGCAGCAACCCCCACAGCCCCAACACCAGUCAGGCUACAGCACAUCCUACCCAGUGUACGAUUACAAUCAUCAGAAGUCGCACGCUGCUCAACAACAGUUUCCACAAUACUACCAGGGCCAGCAGCAAUCCUUGACACAGCAGGGACAAUACCAGCAGCAGCAGCAGCAGCAAGGAUAUCAGAAUCCCUAUCCGCAGGCUCAAAAACAGGGCUACCAACCUGCUGCAGUUGCAGUGCAACCUCAGCAGCAACAGCAGCAACCGUAUCCUAAAGCAGGCAGCAAGUUUGGAUCGAACCCCAACGUUGGGACCAAAGGUGCAUUUGGUGCUGAUGGCCGGACUUCCAAACCUUCCUUCCCCACAAAUGCCAACAGCUACUCUCCAAGGAGAGGAAACUUCUACAAGUGACGAGUGGUUACUUUGUGAGUUUAAAAGCUUAAACCGUUAAUAAAAAAAGUUGUCUCUUUCAUGUAAUACAUGUUUGAAGUGAAGAGCUUGUUUGCUAACCUUCUAACAUGUAAAGUCAAGUUUCAUUGUUUGUUUCUGAGUGUGCCCCAUGUUUUGCUCUAUGUUCCACCUAACAUUAGUACGUUGAUGUUUUUGAAAUUUGCUUUACGUUUCCUGUGCGGGGGGAAAUGAAUUUGUUUUUGCUUUUAGAUUUUUGUGCUUCAACAAAAAAAGAUAGAUUGAGUUCGUGUUUAAAAUUCACUGUUCAAAGAAAGAUAGUCAACCAACAUAGUCUGCAAAUGAAAUGCUGUUUCUCUUUUUUCCAAGCUUACAUAAUCCUUACAGUAAUAGCCAUAGAUGACACAGUGUUCCUGAUAAAAUAAUCAACGGUCAUCAGAGAGUUUGCCUAACCAAAAUAAUGGGAGCUGUGAAACGUUAACUCAGAGAACUAUAGAUUCAUUUUGCCAUGAUCGUUGUUUGAGAAAUUGACUAUAGUCUCAGAAUGUAGAAGAUUAAAGAAUAGCAGAGAAUGUCUCCAUUUCAUUGUUUUAUGUUUCAAAUGAAAAGAUACCUAGACGUUAAAACACAUGCAUGUAGUUACAGAUUGUUAACUUUGGGAGGAAAUAUAUGAAAUACAGCCCCACCCUGUCCGAGUUAGAAGGUAAAGCACUUGCUCACAUGUGUGUCCUGUGUUGGCUUAGUUUUGUUUUUGUGUUAAUUAGGGACUUCAUUUUAUGGUGUUGGUAGAUUUGAAGUGAUUGACAAAAAAAUUGCCUGUGUUAAAACCCUGUAUAGUUACAAAGUUGUUCAUGUAAAUCAUGAAGCAAUGUAAAUAGAGAAAUGCAUUCAGGUCAGAUCUUGGUUGUUUCUAUUUUUGUUAUUAUAAAUAAUGAUGGAUUAACAAAGGGCAGAACUGAAUUAGCGAGAGCAGUAACCAGUUUUUUAUAUAAUAAUUUAGCCCUUUGGAUUGCUCUUUAACCAAAAUUUCUUCUUAACCACUUGUACAUGGUAGGGACGCCCAUGUAAAUAUAUUUCAAUUUACAUGCUCAUGACAUUUUAAAUGCCAGUCAUGUAAUGAAGCCUGUACAUUUGAGUAUGUUGUAAAAAAAAAGCUAUGUAGUUGAUAGAUGCUAUCCGUAAAAUAGUAUCAUAGAUUCCUUGCGCAUAGAUCGACUCCUAUGAACUUAAUUUCAUUGUUCUUUAUUUUGUUUAUAAAUAAUUUGUCUGUGAAUACAAUUUUGUCUUGUUUUGCUUUACUUUUGUACCCGAGUGAAAUACUCUUUUUAAUUUGUGAUAUACAUACAAAAAAUAUAUUUCUUGUGUAGUUUUGGAAAUUUUUUGGCAUUGAAUGUUGUACAGUUUGAAACCAAGUUUGUAUAAUCAGAGGUCCAUUUGAUAAUCAGUACUGUAGGUUGAUCCAGUGUUUUUGGAAUCUGUGUUGCGUUUAGUCCAGUUUUUGAAUUUUAAUGACUCUUUUGAUUUGAUAGUACAUUGUAUAAUCACUGCUUGUUGGCACCAGAUCCAAUAGACCAUUAUCAUGAUGCGGCCAUCUUGAUUUUAUCCCAUUCAAAUCAACGUAACCAAAGUGAGGCUGGAAGGAAAAAUAGUCUGGUUUCAUUUGUGCACGCAAAAAAAUAUCAUUCAGUAUAUUGGAUACAGGGAACAUGACUGAAAUGGUGGCAGCAUGAUAAAGGUCUAUAGUCGUAAGUGAGGAAAUGCUAGGAGUUUGGAGGGAUCAAGUCAUUCGGUUAAAAAAAAAUACUACUUUCGAAUUUUUGAGGAAAAAAUGAUCAUGGAAACUAUCCUGUUCUGUUCCAUCAGGUGAUUAGGACUCAAAAGAGAACAAGUACGGUUAACUGAAGCUUGUGUGUGAUCAGUGUUGUGCAUAUUAUGUACAUGCACUCAGGACUAGUACGAAGUAACAAAAUCCCAAGUUGGUUCUGGUGCUUACAAGCAGUGUAAAGACAAUUUUACUGACUCAAUAACAAACCUAGAUGCCAUUAACUUGAAGCCAGGAUAUCAAUCUUGUAAAUAUUGCUGACAUGACUAACAAGUAACAUCCCUCUCACGCAAAGACCCACAAGUUACUCUGGUAUACAUAUUUUGUUUUAAGACCAGGAGUUAAACUUUGAUCUGUUUGCGGUGACUUGCAGAGAACCUUUCCACUCAAGGGGGAAAAUGAUCAAAGAAAGAAAAAGUCUCAAGUUCACUUAAAAGUCAAAUAGGACCGUGUGGUACUGUCUCCACACCUUUGACAAUGAACAAAACUUCAAACUUCUGUUGAUUAAUGUAUUUAAUCCCAGCCAUUUUUUUAUCAAAAUGUUUACAAUGUUCAUUUAUUUUGUUCAAAAAUGAGUAAUGGCCACAAAAAUCAAUCCUUUUUGUGUGUGUGUGUUAUAAAAGAGUAAAUUCUAUUGAUUUUUUUCUCCGCAUAUGAUGGUGUGAG